AUGGAGAAACUCGAGUUCGAGGUGGUAGAUUGGGAAUCGCAGUACCACACCAGCCUCGGCAGGCCAGCGUUCGCCAAGUUCAUGGAAGUUCCUCAUUACACAUAUUUGAAGCUAAAUAUGCCAGGCUAUAAUGGGACAGCAAUAACUGUUCACGAGAGUUUUUCUCGUUCUGAUAACUGCGACAGAGAUUUCCAGAAGAUCGCUUCCAAAUUCGGAGUCCGGGAAGAACUUAAUGCACUUAACGUAGUCACCGAUCAUACACAGCCACCUGCCGACAUUUGGAACACAAAGUCCGACGAGUUUGACGUUGCCAAGGAAGCAAAGAAACAUCAAGUGCACCCCUGUGAUCCGAAGAAAACUGUCAACACAUCGGCAGAUCUUACUGCCGCAUAG